AUGUCGAGACCUGUCCUACGAGACCCUCAAGCGCGGAAUACUCAAUACUCCGCUUACGGUUCUGCACGGUCAUCAUACCCCACAUUUCUGCCCCUGCAGGACUCUUUAUUGUUGCAAGCUCAGUGGGCUUGGCGUGGGCUCGUAGAUGCAUUUCGGUGGGAUGUCGUCGUGCGACUGGUGGCCAGCGACGCUGAGAUACGGGCGAACGCACUGAAGUCACUCCUUUUAAACCUGAUCUCACUCUCGUCAAUCUAUAUAUUCGACCUUCUGUUACACCCGCUCGCGAAGGAUCAGCCGCAGAAAUGGCUUCAUAGGAAUGUGGGAUGGUUCUACCAGAUCCUGUGGAUAUUUCCCAUCGUUUGCGCAUCGCUCUACCUCAAUACAUCAUGGUGUACCCUUAUAGCGAACCGCACCUAUACUCUCCAACACGGUCGCUCCUCUUACGCUUCCCCUGCCGAUUCCGGACCUGCGCCCAACGCUUAUAUUGCUUUCCUUAACUCUUUGGCCACUUCGGCGUACCGAGGAGUUAUGAUUGUCACAAGUGUGGUGCUGGGAUUUGCGCUGGGGUAUGUUCCGUUCGUGGGUGGCUUGGCAGAGUUUACGUUUUUAUGUUGGGUGGAUGCGUAUUAUUGCUUCGAGUUCAUAUGGAUAGCACGGGGACUUUCGCUCUCGCGACGAGUUCGACAUCUAGAGGAGCGUUGGGCUUAUUACUUCGCCUUCGGUCUUCCAUCGGCCGCACUAUGCAUCUGGGGAAGCACCCUAGCUAAUGCAGCACUCUUCGCUCUUCUCUUCCCUUCAUAUAUAAUAAUGGCAAUGCACGCCCGUCCAGGUCCUUAUGAUCCUUACAACCCCAUCCCGGCCCCAUCAUCCGCUGCCACCGCCUCACAUUCUCAGAACCAACAACAAGCUACCAUACACCCCUCACCAUACGUUCCAAUACGUCUCCCCAUCUUCCAGCCUGUCAUUUUCAUCAACGAUUGGGUGGUGAAGAUCCUCAGUCUAGGAAUGAGGGGCGGGAGAGGCCAUGGUGGAGGAGCUGGGAUUGGGAGUGGUGGGUUGGCGAGAGGGAGGUGGAAUGAUAAGGCAGAUAGCUUGGAGGAUGGGGAGGGAGAGGAGAUUGAGAUGAGGAUGGGUAUGCGGGCAGCGUCAGGAGGUAUGAAUGGCAUGGGUGGAGCUGGGGCGAAUAUAGGGCAAGGAAGGGUUGGGUUUGCGGGGCCUGAAGUCAGAACCAGGGAGAGAGUUCAAAGAGGUGGGAGAAGGAAGGCAGAUUGAGGUGGCGUGACUAUCGACCAUUCUCGUCGAGUUGUUGCUUGGAAGCGUCUGCGCCAGGCAUUGGAUAUCCUGUAGAAAUCGGCGAUAUCAUCUCUAACAAUGUCCGGAAGACUCAAUACUUACAUUACAUCGUAUACCACCUCUAUGCACGAGACUAUGCUUUCACGAUCGCUGCUAUCUUUCCUGCUACAUGUAUUACUUGUCCCUCGUAUAUACACUGCUUGCGAACCGACAAUGACGUCUCAGCCGAACCCAGCCCACUCGAUACUAAGAUAUGUCACUUCCUUGCUCUCAGGGUCCCACCCACAAAGCACAUGAGCCUUCUUCGUCGCAGUGCCCAACCGUCCAUGAGCCACAACCUCCAUCGGGUGCAAUGGCGCGUUCGGUGACGAUUGCACUGUAGCAGCGAAGUGCGAAUGAUAGCGCAGCGGGUCGCCAGGGUAAACGAGCCAUUCACCACCGAACUUACUCCCUCCGCCCAUAUAAUACCCUUUGUGCCACAGAUCGCUAAACACUCCACAUUUUGCCUUUUCUUCUUCUGUGGAAGGAUAUGUCCAGAUGCCAGCGUCUUGUGCUGCUUUCAGCGUCGAAUACGUAUGUUUCUCCGGAGCGUACCAGCUGAAGCCGUCGGAGGUAGUCGGUACAGAGACGGUGUAUGGAACACUAGCAGAUGUCGACGACGAUCCUAUCCCAGCGGCCGAGGAAGCAUUCACAAGGGUAUUCUGUGGUACUUCCGAUGCUGGAGAAGUUUCUGGCACGAAUAGAGCGUCUCCCGUGGCUUCUGCAGCAGCCUUCUGAGCCGCCUCUGCAGCUUUCCGUCUCUUCUCCUCUCGUUCUUUUCGUUUCUGAAUAGCGACCUCGCUCAUGGAUUUGUCUUCUUUGACGGGGUUGGAGGACGCUAGCUGUGUUUGGAGGACUUUGAGCUGUUUUUCGACGUCUUGGGUGCGGUCGAGAUCCCAGGAUGCGAGUUGGGAGAUUGUAGGAUCGUGGUGGGCUUCUGGGUCGUCAACUAGGACUGCAAACCCUUCGUUGACGAGGAGUGCCACCUCCUCAGGCAUGAGAAUGUAUGGCAAUCCCAAGAAGACAUUUUGCUGUGAUAGGUGGGGAAGUGUUCCACCCAACACGCCACAGAUGCGAUAUUUUGAGCGCAUGACCGCAGCGUCAUCUACAUUCCACACAAAUGCACGAUUGUUAGAUACGUGGAUCGGUAUUGGUGGUUGAUCCAUGCUGAAAGACUGAAGGAAGAGGCCGC